GCAAGACCAAGAGCGCUGUCCAAAGAGCCACACCCCCUCCCCAGCAGAGGAGUAGCCACCGCCGUCAACACCCGAAGCCCCAGCAGCAGCAGGACAAACUGCCAGUCACAAGGCACCUUGAGAAUUUCAGGAUGCCGAUGUCUCCUGUCUUCGCCUGCCUCGCACUGGGCGUGGCCCUCAUCUGUGGUGAAGGGUCUGCCUCCUACCAUCACCAGUCUCCGGCGGCCCACCUCGCCGCAGACUUUGGAGUGAAAGUGUUUCAGCAGGUGGUGCAGGCCUCCAAGGACCUCAACGUGGUUUUCUCACCCUAUGGGGUAGCCUCAGUCAUGGCCAUGUUACAGCUGACCACAGGAGGAGAAACGCAGCAGCAGAUCCAAGAGGCGAUGCAAUUCAAGAUUGAUGAGAAGGGCAUGGCCCCUGCCCUCCAUCAACUGUACAAGGAGCUCAUGGGGCCAUGGAAUAAGGAUGAGAUCAGCACGGCUGAUGCCAUCUUUGUGCAGCGGGAUCUGAAGCUGGUCCAGGGUUUCAUGCCCCACUUCUUCAGGCUGUUCCGGACCACAGUCAAGCAGGUGGACUUCUCAGAGACAGAGAGAGCCAGGUUCAUCGUCAACGACUGGGUGAAAAGACACACAAAAGGCAUGAUCAGCGACCUACUUGGCGAAGGGGCUGUGGACCAGCUGACACGCCUGGUACUGGUAAACGCCCUCUACUUCAACGGCCAGUGGAAGAUGCCUUUUCUAGAGUCGAGCACCCACCACCGCCUCUUCCACAAGUCCGAUGGCAGCACUGUCUCUGUGCCCAUGAUGGCUCAGACCAACAAGUUCAACUACACUGAGUUCACCACCCCCGACGGCCAUUACUACGACAUCCUGGAAUUGCCCUACCAUGGGAACACUCUCAGCAUGUUCAUUGCUGCCCCCUAUGAAAAAGAGGUGCCUCUCUCUGCCCUCACCAGCAUUCUGGAUGCCCAGCUCAUCAGCCAGUGGAGAGGGAACAUGACCACACUGACCCGCCUCCUGGUUCUGCCCAAGUUCUCCCUGGAGAGUGAAAUUGACCUCAGGAGGCCCCUGGAGAACUUGGGAAUGACCGACAUGUUUAGGCCAAACCAGGCAGACUUCUCAAGACUUUCAGAUCAAGAGCUUCUGUACGUGUCGCAGGCGCUGCAGAAAGUGAAGAUUGAGGUGAAUGAGAGCGGCACGGUGGCGUCCUCCUCCACAGCCCUUACAGUCUCAGCCCGAAUGGCCCCCGAGGAGAUCAUCAUGGACAGACCCUUCCUCUUCGUGGUGCGGCACAACCCCACAGGAACUGUCCUUUUCAUGGGCCAAGUGAUGGAACCCUGACCAUGGGAAAUGCAGCCCUCAUCUGGGACGGAACUGGAGAUGUCCAAGAAGAAGAAACUCCGGAGCAAAGAAUUUUUAUUUUAAUUCAUUUUUCUGGAGAAAGAGAAGAUAUUUAUCUUUUUUUUUUUUUUUAAUGGUAAAUCUUUCGAAUCUGUCUCUUAGACCUCCGGCUCUCCCAGGAGGGGGAAAGAGGACCUUUGAGUUAAACUCCCCAGCGGAGACCCUGGGAGAGACUUCAGAAGCACAAUGCCCCGAAGGUCUCCCAACAAGACUGCAGAACUCCCAGGAUCAUUUGCGCGGCUGCUUCAGCCCAUCGCUCUGCCCGUUCGGGUCUUCGGACCUGGAUCCCCCUGAGGCCCUGGCAGGAGGCGCCGCAAGGCUUACAGGAAGGAGCUUUUGUGUGUUUGCUAGAAAUAAUUUGUGUUCUGGUCACGUUGCCGUCACUCUUGCACUGUCUGCCGCUGCUGAGAAAGCUGGCUGCAGGCCAAA